ACUUUAGUUGGCAAAAGAGGUCUUUGGGAGGAGCUGCAGUGCUUGAUCUGUAAUAGGAGAGGAAGAUGGUGCUUAUGAGGGGAUUUUAACGCCAUUAGAACAGCAGGGGAACGACAUGGGUGUAAAGAAACAUCUAGAGAAAUGAGGGAAUUCAAUUGUUUCAUUCAUACUGCUGAACUGAUAGAUUUACCAUUGGUUGGAAGGAAGUUUACAUGGUAUAACUCAAAUGGGCAGCAAAUGAGUAGACUGGAUAGAUUCUUGCUUUCAAAUGAAUGGAUACUGAAUUGGAAAGAUGUUAAACAGUGGGGACUAAAAAGAACAGUAUCAGAUCACUGUCCUAUUUUACUAAAGAGCGAAAAGGUUGAUUGGGGGCCAAAACCGUUCAAAUUCUUUAAUGCUUGGAUGGAUCAACCAAGGUGCAUAGAGAUUAUCAGAAAUGCAUGGAAAUCCUGUGAAGUGAAGGGCGGGUAUGGACUCAGAUUUAAGGAAAGGCUGAAAUUCACCAAGAAUGCUCUCAAGAUAUGGAAUGGAAGCUCAAUGACAAAUGUGGACAAGAAAAUCAUGGAGGCUGAAAAAGAGAUUGAGGAGAUAGAUAAGAAAGGAGAGAAUAGUCUGUUGACUCACAUCGAUAUUGAAAGAAGGAGAGGGUGCUUUAUUGAUAUAUGGAACAAUUUAAAAAUCAAGGAGAAUAUGUGGCAACAGAAAUCAAGGAAAAUGUGGCUCAAAGAAAGGGAUGCAAACGCCAAGUUCUUCCAUAGAAGUGUAAAUGGAAGAAGAAGAAGAAAUGAAAUUUGUAGCAUUAUGAUUGAAGGGAAGCAACUCACUGGAGUGUCAGAAAUAAAGGAAGGGGUGGCUGAAUAUUUCCAGAAACUAUUCAUAGAAGAUGUUUGGCAGCGACCUAAACUUGAUGGAAUGGGCUUUAAGUAGAUAUCUCAAGCUGAUAACGAGUUCCUCAUAACACCUUUCACAGAAGAGGAAAUUAGAAAAGUCAUUUGGGAGUGUGAUUCUUCUAAAGUCCCAGGCUCGGAUGGCUUCAACUUUUGAUUCAUGAAAUCUAUGUGGGAUGAAAUUAAAACGGAGGUGAUUGGAUUCAUAAAGGAAUUCUAGGAGC